UUCCAGGCAAACCUCGGCUUGUGAUUAGCCACACACAGAUGAACACGGCUCUUAUUCAGUGGCACCCUCCUGUGGACACCUUUGGCCCGCUGCAGGGUUAUCGCCUGAAGUUUGGUCGCAAAGAUGUGGAUACAUUUACGACCAUGGAGUUCUCAGAGAAGGAAGAUCACUUCACAGCUACAGACAUUCACAAAGGAGCUUCUUAUGUCUUCAUGCUCUCAGCUAGAAAUAAAGUGGGCUUUGGGGAGGAAAUGGUUAAAGAGAUUUCUGUUCCUGAAGAGGUACCCAGUGGAUUUCCCCAAAACCUCCACUCGGAAAGCUCUACUUCUACAUCAGUUCAAUUAACUUGGCAGAUGCCACUCUUGGCAGAGAGAAAUGGCAUUAUCACCAAAUAUACCAUCUUGUACAGAGAUAUCAAUGUUGCUUACCAGCCAGUUGAACUCCCUGUUGCUCCUGCUGAUACCACUAUGACACUUUCUGGCUUAAAACCAGAUACCACAUAUGAUGUAAAAGUACGUGCCCACACAAGCAAAGGGCCUGGUCCAUAUAGUCCAAGUGUCCAGUUCAGGACACUACCCGUGGAUCAAGCAGUGUUUGCAAAAAAUUUUCAUGUUAAAGCAGUAAUGAAGACUUCUGUUUUGCUCUCUUGGGAAAUUCCAGAAAAUUACAAUUCAGCCUUGCCUUUCAAAAUCCUUUAUGAUGAUGGGAAAAUGGUGGUGGAGGUUGAUGGACGCGCUACUCAAAAGUUGAUCACUAACUUGAAGCCGGAGACAUCAUAUUCAUUUGUGCUGACAAACAGAGGGAAUAGUGCUGGGGGUCUUCAGCACAGAGUGACAGCAAAGACUGCACCAGACGUGCUUCGCACCAAGCCAGUCUUCAUUGGAAAGACCAACUUAGAUGGCAUGAUAACUGUGGAACUUCCAGAAGUACCUUCAAAUGAGAAUAUAAAAGGUUAUUACAUAGUUAUUGUGCCUUUGAAGAGGUCUCGUGGAAAGUUUAUCAAACCAUGGGAGAGUCCAGAUGAAAUGGAACUAGAUGAGCUGCUUAAGGAGAUAGCUAGGAAACGAAGAAGCAUUCGUCUUGUGAGGGAAGUUGAAUUAAAGCCAUAUAUUGCAGCUCACUUUGAAGUUCUUCCUACGGAGUUCACGUUGGGAGAUAAGAAGCAUUAUGGUGGCUUUGAGAAUAAGCAAUUGCAGAGUGGUCAAGAAUAUGUCUUCUUUGUGUUGGCUGUAAUGGAGCACUCAGAAUCUACCAUGUAUGCAACCAGCCCAUAUUCUGAUCCUGUUGUGUCGAUGGAUCUUGAUCCCCAACCAAUUACGGAUGAAGAAGAAGGCUUGAUUUGGGUUGUUGGACCUGUUCUUGCAGUGGUUUUUAUCAUCUGUAUUGUCAUUGCUAUACUUCUUUAUAAAAGUAAACCUGACAGGAAGAGAGCUGAAUCUGAUUCUAGAAAGAGCAGCAUACCCAACAGCAAAGAGGUCCCCUCUCACCAUCCCACAGACCCAGUGGAGCUGCGACGCCUUAAUUUUCAGACUCCGGGUAUGGCCAGCCACCCACCAAUACCUAUCUUGGAACUUGCAGAUCACAUUGAAAGAUUGAAAGCAAAUGACAAUUUGAAGUUCUCACAGGAGUAUGAGUCUAUUGAUCCUGGUCAGCAGUUCACAUGGGAACACUCUAACCUGGAAGUAAACAAACCAAAGAAUAGAUAUGCGAAUGUAAUUGCGUAUGAUCAUUCUCGUGUUUUACUCUCAGCCAUAGAAGGCAUACCAGGUAGUGACUAUAUCAAUGCCAACUACAUAGAUGGAUACAGAAAGCAGAAUGCCUAUAUAGCAACACAAGGGGCAUUGCCAGAAACCUUUGGUGACUUCUGGAGAAUGAUGUGGGAGCAACGGGGUGCUACUGUCGUCAUGAUGACAAAGCUAGAGGAGAGGUCCAGGGUGAAGUGUGAUCAGUACUGGCCAAGCAGAGGCACAGAAACUUACGGACUAAUCCAAGUGACCCUUUUAGACACUGUUGAGUUGGCAACGUACUGUGUUCGUACAUUUGCACUCUACAAGAAUGGUUCAAGUGAGAAAAGGGAAGUGAGGCAAUUCCAGUUCACUGCCUGGCCUGACCACGGUGUCCCGGAACACCCAACACCAUUCUUAGCUUUCCUGCGACGAGUCAAGACCUGCAACCCUCCUGAUGCUGGACCUAUGGUUGUACAUUGCAG